AAUGUCGUCCUCGGGAUUUCUCGUCUGCUGCUUCUUCUUCUUCUUCUUGCUCUGCUGAUCUUCUUCGAAUCUCUGACCAGCUCCGGAGGCAAUGCAAGGAGGAUCUUCAGGGAUCGGUUACGGUUUGAAGUAUCAGGCGAGAUGUAUAUCUGAUGUGAAAGCAGAUACGGAUCACACCAGUUUCCUCACCGGAACCCUAAGUCUGAAAGAAGAAAACGAGGUUCAUUUGCUUCGUCUGUCAUCUGGUGGAUCUGAGCUGAUAUGCGAGGGCUUAUUUUCGCAUCCUAACGAGAUAUGGGACCUCGCUUCCUGCCCUUUCGAUCAGCGCAUUUUCUCCACAGUCUUCUCCACUGGUGAAUCGUAUGGAGCUGCAAUAUGGCAGAUACCUGAGUUGUAUGGCCAGUUGAGUUCUCCACAAUUGGAGCGUGUUGCUUCUCUUGAUGCACAUGUUGGUAAGAUUAAUUGCAUUCUUUGGUGGCCCUCGGGAAGAUGUGAUAAGUUAAUCAGCAUGGAUGAAGAAAACCUUUUCUUGUGGAGCUUAGAUUGUUCAAAAAAGACUGCUCAGGUUCUGUCAAAGGAGUCAGCUGGUAUGCUGCAUUAUUUAUCUGGUGGAGCAUGGAAUCCACAUGAUGCGAAUGAUGUUGCUGUGACUUGCGAAUCAUCUGUCCAGUUCUGGGACUUACGAACUAUGAAGAAGGUUAAUUCAAUUGAGCGUCCCCAUGUCCGCAACAUCGAUUACAACACCAAGAGAGAGCAUAUACUUAUCACUGCAGAGGAUGAAUCUGGCAUUCAUGUAUGGGAUCUCCGGAAGGCUAAGGUUCCUGUCCAAGAGCUCCCCGGCCAUACACACUGGACAUGGGCUGUGAGGUGUAACCCUGAGUAUGAUGGGCUAAUUCUGAGUGCUGGAACGGACUCGGUUGUCAACUUAUGGCUCGCUUCUACAUCUACAAGCGACGAAAUUAGAUCAGAAAGCCUGAUGGGAUUACCCCGUCAACGUGUAAACCCAUUGCUGAAUUCAUACACCGACUAUGAAGAUAGUGUGUACGGCCUCGCCUGGAGCUCGAGGGAACCUUGGAUUUUCGCGUCUCUGUCAUACGAUGGGAGGGUCGUGGUUGAAUCCGUCAAGCCUUUCCUGCCGAGAAGAUAGGUUCUUGCUUCCGCGCCAUUCGUCCGCAGCUCUGGUUAUCUUUUGUAUCUUGCGCAUUUUAUUUUGGGCUGACCCUUUUGAAUCCACGACUCCUUGAGAAUAUCAAUAUCUGUGUUGCGUUUUUCAUAUAUUAUUUUACAAAAAAAAGUUUUAUA